AUGGAACACAUUCUGCUCCUAUACUUGUCGGCAUCCGCUUUAUCCCGAAUUAAUCUCAAGCAGGCUUUCCGUAUCAAGCAAUGCUUAUCCGUCCUCAAGUUGAACGAAACUCAAUGCGAAGAGCUGCUCAGAUUGGAGGAUGUCAAAGCGGAUGAUCUCAAGAAAACGUCGGAUGCACUGAUAGAUGCCCGCUUGGGAGUCGAAUACGCCGCAGGCACGAUUUUGGUUUUCCUCUUGAGUCAGUACCUCGUGAAAUAUGGAGUGAAGCACGCAGCCUUAUUGUGUCUCAUCGGAUCGUGGCUGGCAAACGCGUUGAUCUAUAUUACAAUCUAUUUCGUCGAGGUCGAUACCUCCUUCACUUUCCUGGCCGCAGUGCCGCUCGCUGUUUCAGGUGGCGAGAUCCUGAUGUCUACGAUCACCUGUACCCACAUAGGGACUUCCUCCAUUGGAAACGCUCGCCGUUGGAGAUUUGUCUGCUACCAGUUCUGCUUGUUGUUUCCCGAAAUGGUGGCCCAAACGCUCGAUGUGUACCUGCUAUCCGCCGCGGACCAUCGAUAUAUUGGGCUGUGGGCUAUGGGCAUCCUUUCCGCAGCCGUUAUCCUGAGUUUCUUCUUCUCGGAGGUAUAUGCGGAGGGUUUCGAGUCCCAUUCGGUCAAACAACGCAUCAAAUGCUCCAUGGGUCUCGUGAGCCUCAACGAGACAAUCAUGUGCUUCACCAGAAAGCGACCGUGCAGAGGCCGGAUUCAGCUCUGCUUACUUAUAUGCUUCCUGUCCACGGUCCCAUUUUAUUUCGAUUUUUUCAGCGAAGUACGAGCCGCCUUCAUGUCGGACUCCUUCGGCUGGGAUUCGACUCAGUUUGCGAGAGUGUCAUUGGUCGCGCUCGGAUUUUCAUAUCUAUUCGGCGUGAUCGUCAGCACGGUGCUGACGAGAUGUGUCCGACCGUUGGAUCCCACGGUGGCCGUCUUCGGCUUCGCUUGUCUAGCCUUUAGCUUCGUAUUUCUGCUGAAUACAGUAUUCACAGUGAUAUGCUACUACGGAGCUGUGACACUCUUGACAAUGCCGAUAUUGGGACUGGCGGCUCUUCGUUCUCACCUGUGCCAACUUGUCGAAAAAGCCGAGAUCGCACCCAUUUUUGCUCUCAUAUGCGCCUCGGAAAGAAUCUCGCACGUUGUUGCUAAUCGUUUGUGGAAGCUCAUCAUCGUACUUAAUCGCCCACACCUAAGUUUUGUGGUAGUUUCCGUGAGUCAGCUUGUCUACACUAUGAUCCCGUUCUACGGAUCAUCGUUCAUGGUGUCCACGACCCGGGACUACGGAUACCCAGCCCACAUUUACAACCCGCCUCUGGUUGUCUUCUAAAAAUCUUGUGGCAAUCUAGAUAUCCCGUGAAAACUAAGAUCCGGCAACAAGUAGCCUGUAUUCGUGAUGCUGAACUUGGUGGUCUAAGAUAUCUCAGGAAUCGUUCCCAAAUGAUUGAUUGAGGAUGAGCUCGGGAAGGGUUUCCUCGCACGAGGCACCAGGAUUCGUGCAUGAUGAUGACUCGAGUUCGAGACUUGAGUAGCCUGGUAAACCGCUCGGAUCCCCUCUGUGUGCUGCGUCGCCAACCAUCAUUCACCAGCGCAACAUGAGGAGAACUGAAUCUGAUGGAAAAAAAUUGUAAUAGAUAAGUAUCCCAGCCAGGAAUCCCGCUACUGCUCGGACUGGUGUCGGGAGAAGUGAAG